GCAGUCCUCUUCCCGCUCAUUGCCUGCGGGACCUUGACGCACGUCACUCUGCACAAUCCUUGCCAAGAUAACCCCGAGUUCAUCUUGCCCUCAGCCACCCGUCUGUACGAGGCGCUCGGGAAAUGUAGGGAGACAUUGGAGGUACUCAGGAUGAUACAAGUGCUGCCGACGCCGCAGCCAAAUUGGCAGCACUGCGGAUCCAUGCAUCUCCCUGCCCUUCGCCAUCUUCUCAUCGUUGAUGGGAGCACGUUCGCUUCCGGUCCCCUCGUCGGUUUGAUCCUACCUCCUACUUGUCGCAUUCACUUGAGCGAUAGCCCGUGCGCCAAUGACCCGUGCGAGUGUACCCCUAGGGUGGCACUCGAUCACUGCCCCUGGCUAGAUCCCGAAGACCGGAGUCUCGAGACCAUCCAUUCUUUGCUCUCUGCGGUCUCUCUAGUCAAGUUGAUAUUUGGCUUCCAGCAGUUCACAAUGCGGUGCUACACACAGGACGGCAGUGCUCAUAGCCCUUCGGAACGCUUGUGCGCGGAGACUCUCAUGAAGCUCUCGCGAGUGGACAGACUUGUCAUGCCGCUCUUCGGUCCCACAGUACCGAUGUACAUGAACAUCACACACCUAAUCGUGGAAAUCCACCCAUGUUUUCCGGACCAGAUGGCGCUCUUCGAGGCCUUCCCGCACCUCCUGCGGGUAGAGAUCGACAUGAAAACAGAUCCUUGGGAGACUCUCUGUUUGCUGAAGAGGCCGGGAGGGGGCAGUUCCAGCGGGACGGAUUCGCGCGCACCAAUGUGUCCGUCUCUUCGAGAACUCGUGACGCGGGUGGAAGUACUCGAAGGCUCCCUUCGAACGCUACUAGAGCCGCGGAACUUCGAAGCCCUCGAGGGGUAUGUGGUUAAGAGGUUGCGACAAUUCAGAGACGUCCUUGAAUCGCGAGCUUCCGAGUCGCCAAGCCCCAGUCGACUGACGUAUCUGGAAAUUCAUGAAUACGAGAUGUGGUCCUUGAACCCGACCAGGCGCAAAGUUGCAGAAGAUGAUCUUUCGUCUAUGGAGUCGAAGGUAGUAGAUGCCUGUCUCGAGGAUCUGUACGCGUUGGUAGACGGCGAAGUGGUGUUCAAAGGGUUUCGGUAUUUCACCAACGGCGGACGCGAGGGCGCAGCCUCCCCCGCCGCCGCCGUCGCCGCGGGCGACCCAGCGAACAAGUUCCGCCAAGCCCUGAUGCCCGACACCGCGACACAGCAGCGGUACCCGAUGAACGUCAUGCUCGACUCGGCGCCGCAGCUCGAUGUCGCGCUCCCGCCCACGCUCGUCCCGACGGACCCACAGCCGGGGAGCGCGAGCGUCGUGCAGUUCUACCUGCUCGACGACGGGAAGACGGGGGUGCUCACGCUGAGCGGUACUAGCGUCUAA